CGUCUGCUCCUGUGCCCGCCCCAAUACGGAAGCGGAGGGGGUUUCCGAGAUCUGAGCGCCGCUGGGUCGAAACCAUGGGGCAGCCCUGGGCGGCCCGGAGCGCAGAAGGGACGCCGGCGCGGCUGCCGCUCGUGCUCACCGCGCUGUGGGCCGCCGCGGUGGUCCUGGAGCUGGUCUACGUGCUGGUGCUCGGUCCCGGGCCGCCCCAGCUGGGACCCCUGGCCCGGGCCUUGCAGCUGGCGCUGGCCGCCUAUCAGCUGCUUAACCUGCUGGGCAACGUGGGGCUCUUCCUGCGCUCGGAUCCCAGUAUUCGGGGCGUGAUGCUGGCCGGACGCGGUCUGGGCCAGGGCUGGGCUUAUUGUUACCAGUGCCAGAGCCAGGUGCCACCCCGAAGUGGGCACUGUUCUGCCUGCCGUGUGUGUAUCCUCCGUCGUGACCACCACUGCCGCCUACUGGGCCGUUGUGUGGGCUUCCAAAACUACCGGCCCUUCCUGUGUCUGCUGCUCCAUGCUGCCGGUGUCCUGCUCCACAUCUCAGUACUGCUGAGCCCUGCCCUGUCAGUCCUGCUGCGGGCUCACUCAGCUCUCCACACUGUGGCCCUCCUGCUGUUACCCUGGCUCAUGCUACUCACAGGCAGAGUUUCUCUGGCCCAGUUCACCUUGGCCUUUGUGAUGGACACGUGUGUGGCAGGUGCACUGCUAUGCGGAGCUGGGCUGCUUUUUCACGGGAUGCUGCUACUGAGAGGCCAGACCACGUGGGAGUGGGCCCGGGGCCAGCACUCCUAUGACCUGGGCCUCUGCCACAACCUGCAGGCAGCCCUGGGGCCACGUUGGGCCCUGGUCUGGUUCUGGCCUUUCCUAGCUUCCCCGCUGCCUGGGGAUGGGAUCACCUUCCAGACCCCAGCUGAUGUGGGCCUUGUGACUUCCUGAGUCCAGAUAGAGCCAGAACUGAAGAGGGCAGAGAGGAGCAGAAGAGGGAACUGAGAAUGCUUUCAGCGUCAUGCCUGCAGUGGAGAAGCCCAAACUCCUUCCUUCGACUUGCCCCUGCCCAGUCUGGGUUCUUCUAUGUCUAGAGUUAAGACACUGUAACUCAGUCCCUUUGGGCAGAGGAAGGUCUGGCAAGGGGGCUGCUUGGUUGGCCUGCCUGGCUGCCCCUCUGUCAGACUGAUAAAGUGCCCACCUAGCUCUUGGCCUCCCUUCAUCUUUGCUGGGUUCCCAUCCCUCACUUUGUUAUUCUGGCUGUUAUUCCUGGUUCCCAUGAUUGUCAGGCCUGGGAGACCACCAAAGGCCUAUGCAAUUGAUGGGCCAGAGCUCUGCCUCCUCUGGCCCUGGCAAGGUGAGGUGGGAUACAGGCAAGGAGAAUCCAGACAUGCUUUAGAGGAUCAGCACGUGACAGAAACAUUUCUGCAGCAGGGGUUUCAAGGAUGCUCUUCUGGCUAACCUGGUCUGUGGGGCCAUAGCUUCUUGAUCCUGUGAGUGAAAAAUGUAAAGUUCUACCAGACAGUGUGGCAGAUGGGGUGGAAAAUGGAAGAGGCUGGAUUUGAACUCAGAUCUUUGCAAGGCUCCUUCACUUUUCACACAGCUGAAGGAAGUGAGCAGGAGAAACAUCAGGACAAAGCAACUAGCUGUGGUGUGUGCAGUGCCCACGAAGGACAAUGCUGGGCAGGUGGCCUGCACCUCUGUGGCUCUUGGGAGCAACUUGUUCAGCACUUCACUACUGUUUUUUUGUUUGCUUUGCUUCUGUUUAUUUGUUUAUUUUUAGAGAAAGGGUCUCAUUUGGUAGUCCAGGAUGGCCUGGAACUUACUAUGUAACCCAGGCUUGCUUGAAUUCACAGCAAUCCUACUGCCUCAGCCUUCCAAGUACUGGGAUUACAGGUCUGGUAAACCACAACGCCUAGUUUUGAACAUCUAUAUAAAUAUAGUAAGCAUUAAACAUGGCAGGCUUGGGGGCUGGAGAGAUGGCUCAGCGGUUAAGAACACUGGUUGUUCUUGCAGAACACUAUCGUUCGAAUCCCAGCACCCACACGGCAGCUAACAACUGUCUAUAACUCCAGUUCCAGGGGAUCCAACAGCCUCUUCUGUCCUCCGAGGGCAUUGCAUGACACGGGUGCACUUACCUACAUGCAGGCAAUACACUCAUACACAUAUAAAAAAUAAAAAUAUUUAAACAUGCAGGCUUCACACCAGUUUAUCUCCGUUUGCUCUUAGGCUCACUAAAAUGAUAAAAAAUAAAAAUGAUAUAAAAUGUAUAAAGGGGAAAAAGAUAGGAGCCAGCAGUGCCCCAAAGAGCCUGACAGUGUUUUGAAGGAUGGAAAGAGGUGGGAGCUGCUUCACUCUCCUAGCAGAGAAUUAGAACUUGAAUUAUGUCUCCCCAAAGGGAGGGGGCCCCAUAGGCCAGGUGAAUUGUUCUCAGAACCUUGGGGAGACCUAGGAACUUCCCUAGGGCUGUGAAAGGUGAGUGAGGUGAGGCUUUGGGCCAGCCUUGGGUUUGGUGUGGGGAGCUUGGAAAGUUUGUAUGAGGGCACUAGCUAUGUUCCUCCUCACAGACCUCACCUGUCCUUGUAGCCAAGCAGCAGCCUCUCUGCGAUGGGGUGGGGGUGGGAUAUCCACAGACUGGACCAGAAAAGCUCUGGAUCUCAGGGGCACUGGGGAAUAUGGGAAUGAGGGGCUGGGUCAAAAAUGGGGCUAAGGAAAAGUCGAUAGAAAAUGAUGAGGAUUCUGUGCAGGUAAUCAUAUGCUGCCUCCCAAUCCUUGGGAGACAGGGAUCUGACAAGCUUUGCCCAAGCCCCUGAGGUCAUUGUUUUUGUUUUCAAGUGUGCUCUAUUGCUUUGUUUUAAAGACAUCAGGCUCUCUGUGUGCCUGGCCCUGGGUUCUGUGUACAGAAGGCGUUGGCAGAUCCACCCAGUUUCCUCUUCUGUGUUAUUCACCCUAUAAAAUGUCUAGUUUUCAUGUUUUUUGUUUUAAGAGUGAAGAGAUGCACUCAUCACCUCCUGUUUGGGAAACUUAGCAUUGUCUUGAAUUCCCUGCUGUGCCCUCCCUGGUUGGGGAGAUGCACUGUCUGGUCUUAACCUUCCCUUGCUUUGCUUUAGAUUUUGUUAGAUAUUUUUGUAUUGGUUCUGCACACUUGAAUUUUAUAUGAAUGGAAUCAUACCAGGUUUAUUAUUCUGUGACUUGCCUUUUCACUCAAUAUUAUGUUUCUGAGAUGUGUCCCAAUUACUGCAUGCAAUGGUACGUACCCCUUUUCCCUUCUAUAUGGAGAUCUGAAUAGACCACAACUAACCUGUUUUCUUCUGGUCACUUUCUCUACCCCCAUGUCCUUUGUGAAUCACCUAAGAGCCCUAGCUCUUCCUGAUCAAUCUUAGAAUCAGCUUGUCAAGUUUCACCAAUAAAAAUACCCUUUGAGAUCAUGAA